AUGGACCCGAUGGCAAGGACUUUUUUACAAAAAAAGGAGCUUGACGAAGAGGUCGAGCGGGUAAAGAAGGAGUACGAGGAAAAGAAGAAGAAGAAAAAGGAGGAGAAGGAGCAAAAGAAGAAGGACGAAGAGGCAGGCCAGAAAGACGACAAGGAUAAGGAUAAAGACAAAGACAAGGACAAAGACAAGGACAAGGACAAGAGCAACGACAGCAAAGACAAGAAGAAUUCCGAGGACGAGGCAGAUCAGUCGAACACAUCCAAGGCCGAGUCUGCAAAAUCAGGUGCUGACGAGCCUCGGGUUUUCGCACUCCACCGUACCUUUUAUCAACAGCGCGUCGAGAAGAAACGACAGAUGGAAGUUGCCAAGCGAAACAGGGAACGCCUUCAGCAGCCAAAUUAUUUCCCCUCAGUCCCCAAGGGACUCCCUGGGACCUAA